UAAAGUGUAAAGAGUCUAGAAGCAGAAAUAAUUAUUUUCCUGCAACACAGCACGAAAACAGAAAACAGAAACAGAGUAAUCUAACCAUCUAACGGGUUAUCGUCACGCUGACUGGAGCCUACGCACGCAGUCACCUUUGUUUCUAAAACAAAAAUUUAACAUUAUAAAUGUCAAACAGUUAAUGAAAAAGUGUUGAUAUUCAAAAUUAAUCAUCGAAAAUAGUGUAAUUUUGCGUUUUUUAUUAAGAAACCGUGUGCCACAGUAACGAGAGUACUUUUUGUAUGCUAAAAGUGUGUUUUACAGUUAAAAAUGGAGUUUAACUACAACAUCAAUGAAAUAUUCAAGUCUCCAAUAGUGGAAAUUAAUCAUAGCCUUAUCCCACCUGGUUAUACAGGAGAUAGAAGGGCGUUAAGGGAUGUCGUAACCAAAGUAUCGGAUAUUGUGAAUGCGAUGGGAGAGGCUUCAGCGGCAGCUCAAGGACUCACCAAGCCAGUAACAACGGCAGACAGAUUAAGGAAUUCCGAACACAAGCUCUAUUUUCUCAUCGACAGCCAUGCGAACGGGGGAAGAGGUGCAGUUACUGGGAUGUUAAAAACCGGAAACAAAAGUUUAUACGUUUUUGAUAGAGAAGGAACUCAUUAUCAGGUCGCUCCGCCUUGUUUAUUGGACUUUUAUAUCCACGAAUCUCGACAGCGUACCGGUUUAGGGAAGCAACUCUUUGAAUAUAUGCUACACCGAGAAACCGUGGAACCUGUCCAGAUGGCAAUAGACAGACCUAGCGAGAAACUAUUGGGAUUUUUCAAAAAACAUUAUCAUCUCAGCGAACCCGUCAAACAGAUGAACAAUUAUGUUGUUUAUGACGGAUUCUUUCCUAGCAAAGAACACAUUACUCCUCCAGAAGCGGAAGUAGAAGAUGCCAGAAGUGUAACAAGCCUUAAGAAGAAUUCAGCUAAUGGGCUACAGGCUUUCCAGGUGGCUCCUUUGGGAAGAUAUGGAGCACCCAGACCACCUUGCAGCAUGGGACAGAUAAUACAUAACCAGUCAACUGUGGACCAACGAAAGGAGCCGGCAGGUGUUCAAUCCCUUCCCGCUACAAACUAUGCUGGUACGUCCUAUAGUCCUCAACCCAACUCGUACAAGACCCAAAGCACUCCCAAUAUGUAUUACGGACAUCAGUACCAAAACAACCCAAAUCAAUAUCAAAGUAACAUGGCUCCCACUCCCAACCAAGCUCAAGUUGAUUCCGCUAAUUUGCAAAAUUUAAACUACCAAAAUCAAAAUUAUUCUUAUCCUACUUCAAAUACCUUCAACACGACUCCAGUGAAUGUGAACGAAUAUCAGAAUCAAAUGAAUUAUGGUAGUUAUGCACAUCAACAAUCUGGUAAUGGUAAAUGGGCUAUGGGAGAUAGCCAGAAUAUCCAGACAGACCAACAGUAUCAGCAAACUGCUCCAACAAUAUCCCCCUCAAGAGUAGCCGAUGGAAUGAUUGAUCAUGGUCAAAUUGUAAAUAAAGAGCCCCUGAUUGCUUCAACACAAGAUCAAAGGGUUCCUCAAACUCUGAAUCAGCAGCAGUACAAUCCACCACAACCUCCACAAAUGACACAAUCGGCAGUUUAUCAACCUGUGCAUUCUACCUAUUCAGUACAAGGUUUAAGACAACCUCAAAUGUCGCAAACUGUACCCAACCUGAGUGUUCAACAACGAUACCCUACUGAUACACAACAGUCGCAAACGUACGUAAACCAACCAAAUCAACAAAAUAUCAUGGCAAAUCCCCAAGAGACGAUUCAAACACCUGUUGUUUCAAUGCAGCAGUGGAACCAGCCCCAAUCUUCGGUUGCUGUACCUCAACAGUACACCGCUCAACAAGUACAGCAAGAAAUUAAGUAUAACCCAUCCGUAGUGCCACCACCAAAUUCUUUUGAGAAUCAGAGGCAAUUUACACCACACCAAUCUCAUCAAGUAGCAGCUCCAACCCAACAGUAUCAUCCAGUUACCCCACAUGUUCAACGACAAAACGGAAUGGGUGAUCCCAACCACCAGAACCAGCCUUAUCAACGUCAAGGACAUCCACAGCAACAAUACUAUACUCAACAAGUGGCUACAUCUGGGGAUUCCAGACAGCAAUAUGUGCAAAGAGACCAAAACCAAGUUACUCAUUCAAACAUGAAACAGAGUGAAAAUACAAACCGUGUUGCAUCUACUCUUCAGAUGAGUCCAAAUGUAAAGCCAGAAUUGUCGAAGACUCAAAUUGUACCCGACACACCCCAAGCAAAUUAUGUACCUGGCAUAGGAGAAGCACGUACUGAGCAACAAUUCCAAACUCCCCUUAAUGCAGCUGGACAAACAAAUCUUCAGUAUUCACAAAACCAUCCUAAUUGGGAACAAAAUAGAACUGGUUCUGCACCACAGUCAGCACCAUAUAAUCAAAUAGAACAGAGAAAUGAACAAAGUAAAGUAAACCAGUUACCACAAGGAUACCAGUUUAAUAUUGGUCAUCAAAAGGUUGAAAAUCAGCCGCAAUCCGUUCAGCAGUAUCAAAAUAAUGAGCAAAGCUACCAAAACCAAGAAACUAUGUAUACCUCACGUGGAUUGAACCUAAAAGAUGCAUUUGGAAAAAAUUUGAACCAAUCAAAUAAUCAAAAUCCAGGAAAUGUCCAACCAAAUUAUCAAAUGAUGAAUGCUUCUAAUACUAAUACGUUUAAUACUCAAAGUCACAGUUUACCGGCACCCAAACAUACUGAAACUCAACAAAAUAUUGGUCAAAUUCAACCCACUUCAUCUUACCAGUAUGACCAGUAUUACCCACCACAGCAAAUUUCUUCCUCACCAAAUACAACACAAGAUCAAAACAUUACAUCUACUGGAGUAAUGCAACAACCACAUCAGACAAUAAACUUGCAAAGCACAGCUUAUCAUCCUCAACAAUUAGGACAACUUCAAGCACAAGGAAACCCUGCAUCUUCAGUUACAGCCACUACUUCAACUGCUGUUCAACAAACGUCAAUACCAGCAAAUCAAAUGCAACAAAAUUAUCAAAAUCAACCCACUACAGCUGAAUCAAACCAAACACAACCCAACAUCAGUACAUACCAAGACAAUUUCCGAAUCAGACCUAGUCAACACCAGUUAAACUCUCAACAGCGUUCCAUAUACACCCAACAAAAUAUUGGCCAGUAUUUGCAUUCUAAUGGCCCAUCCCAACCACAAGUACCCAGGUUAAUGCAACAACAGGCACCAGUGCUAAACACUAUACAGGAAGAUGUGCCUGCAACUACUGCUGGGCAAGUUGGGUACCAGCUAAAGCAACAUGAACAAAUUCAACCGAAUAAAGCUGGAGAUUAUUUGGCUCAGCCACUUUCCAACCCAUCAUUCCAAGGAAAUACUGCUGAGCAAGUUGGGUACCAGCUGAAGCAAUACGAACAAAUACAACCGAAGCAAGCAGGAGAUUAUUUGACACAGCCCCAGUCCAACCCAUCAUUCCAAGGAAAUACUUCUAGUCAAAUUGAGUACCAGUUGAAGCAACACGAACCCGUACAACCGAAGCAAGUGGGAGAUUAUUUGACACAGCCACAUUCCAACCCAUCAUUCCAAGGAAAUAAUGCUGGACAAGCUGGGUACCAGGUAAAGCAACACGAACAAAUACAACCGAAUCAAGCUGGAGAUUAUUUGGCAUAUGCACCUACUAACCCAUCAAUCCAGGGAGAUAUAAACCAGCAGACUAAACCAACUAAAUCUGCUGCUGAGUUAUUUAAGACGAAUGCUUUCGAACCGACUUCAAUUUCAAAACUGGCCAAACGGCACUUAAAUAAGAUAACACAGCCCACUGAAUGCGAUCUUGUAUAUGGCUACCCUCCCCAAAGAAAUGAGUCUUCUAUUUUUAACGCUCCGAUACCUAGUAUAAGACAGCGAUCUUAGAUCCUAAACAGAUACUCCUCUAGUUCCUCCUAAAUCCUAAAAUUCCCGGUUCCCUCAGGUAAAGUGUAAAGGCACGAAUAGCAUCCAAAUAAUCUUAAAAUAAACAAUAGACUUAAUAAAACAAUAUUCUAGUGAUGUACAAAACUCCGAAGUAAUACAACCCUCACCAGUUCAAAAGCUGGAACGGCCGCGUUCCCUCAUCAUCCAACAGGAACUCGUCAUCCAACAGGAAGAACCUCGCAAGGAAGACGAACAAGUCGAAGAAAAGGAACUAGAGGAUUUGGGUAACGAUUCUCCCGUCGAGGACGACGCUCCAGAUUCGUUGGAAGUGGACUUGGAGCUGAAGUUGAAGCUCCACGAAGGUGACAAAAUUAAAGUUAAGGGUACUACGGAAUGCUUCUUACACGGAGACGAG